GUACUGGAUCUGGUGAUGUCCAUUAUUACGACUUUAAAUAUACAAAAUCGGAUAUCCAAGGAAUAUGUAAAUACACUUUUUCAAAGUCUACGGAGGAAUUUCCUUACGAAAAGUGUAAAUGGAACAUUGAAGUCAAAAAUGAAAGAAGAGGAACAAAAACUUCGGUUUCCUACACAAAAAUGGCGGAUGUGACAAUAUGUGGUGAAAAAAUUAGAAUAAUGAAAGAUGGUGUAUUCAAGGUGGGUGACUUGGAAGUUUCAUCAUUAGCGUACAACAUCGAAAAUUGUGGAAUAAACAUUCGAAAAGAAACUCGAGAGCUAGAAAUAUAUUCAGAAGAAUGUGACAUACGUGUUUUAUGGGAUGGGAAGUCAAGAAUAGAACUUGAUGUCCCUAAAAACUACUCACAGUACGCAGAGGGUAUAUGUGGUGAUUGUACUGACAGUAACCAGUUUAUGCUACGAAACGGAACUGACAUCUCAAAUGUACCUAAAAGGCAAAGAGAUGUUCUAUGGGGCCAAGAAUGGGAAGUGAUUGAUGAUACCGGAGAAGAACUUGAAGAAUGUCCAGUAUCACAGCCGAUGAAAGAAUGUACUGAACAACAGAAUGCAUUGUUAGCAAGUGAUGAGUAUUGUGGAAAAUUGAAUCCAGACAGUAAAGAGCUAGUUACACCUUUUGCUGAUUGUAUAAAUGCCGAUAAAAAAAUGGCAAAGGAGUUGUAUGAUGCAUGUGUUGUAGAUGUUUGUAUGAACUUAGGAGGUCCGUAUGAGAAAGAGGCACUUUGUCUGGCCUUAGAUGCACUGGCACAACAUUGUAGGAAGAAUAACUUUAAUUAUAAAAUGUGGCGAAAAUCAGAUCUUUGUCGUAAGUACUAG